CUCUAACUGCGUCUGGCAGCCCCACCACACUUUUUUUCCGUGUUGUAUUAUUCUUCUUCGGGUCCGUCGCUAGCGUACAGGAAGCCGCGGUAGAGCUGCAUCACGGUGGGAUUUGCCAAACAAACGGCGUUCUCCCGGCGAGGAACACGUGAGGGAAGGCAGCAGCUGUGGAAACAGCCCAGCCGGCUGAGGACUGAGGAGAAGAAGGAUGGGGGGUGGGGGGUAAAACCAGAAGAACGACGGACAUGGUGGUCGUCCAAGCGACGGGUUCCGUUCGGCUGCCAAUCUGCGGAACGCCAGCUCCAUGAUUGGGACAGGAAGUCGGACGUCAGAGGCCUUCAGCGGUGGCCGCAGGUGUCGUUUACGACACGCAUGAAUCACGUAUCGCGCCUUUAAGAGCAUCGGCGGACGCUUGAAGGCGGCGAGCGUUGUUGGUCUUGGCGGCGGCCAGCACGGUGAUGUUUCCUGCUCCGUCUGGCCGUCUGGAGCGGCGCAGAGGAGCAUUGUGGGAGGAAGCGUGGAGGUGUGAAGUGUAAGUUGAAGAAGACAAACAGCGGGCGGGCGGGCGGCUCCCCCCUCCUCCUCCUCGUCGUCCUCCUCCGCCUCCUCCACGGGAUGCAGGGAGCGCGCACCUUAGCGCCCUCCCUUCCCGGCUGUCCCGCUGCCUGAGUGCGUGUGCUCCCAGUCCACAGCAGCCGUGUCCCGACGCCGACGCACACACACGGAGCGCCAUCCCGCACAAAGACGGACGCCCUUGGACUGCGGCGGGGGAGGAUGAGGGCGGGCUCCUUGGAGACGGGCGUGGUCCUGCUGGGCCUCCUCACGCUGCUGGUGUCGGUGAGACUGCAGGAGGAGGGCGUGGCCUCCAACAGUCUGGAGGAGGAGCUGCAGGUGACCACGUACUGGUGGGGGGAGUGGGCCAAGUGGACGGCCUGCACUCGCACCUGUGGGGGCGGAGUCAAGUCGCAGGAGCGCCACUGCCUCAAACAGAGAAAGAAGGUUGCCGCGGGGAAGGACAACAUGACGUGCACGGGAACCCCCAAGAGAUACCACCUGUGCAACGCCCAGGAAUGUCCCUCCAGCGGGAGGAGCUUCCGGGAGGAGCAGUGCUGGUCCUUCAACUCGCAGCUCUACAGUGGGCGGAGCUACCAGUGGAAGCCGCUGUAUCCCGACGACUACGUGCACAUCUCCAGUAACCCCUGCGACCUUCACUGCACCACCGCCGACGGCCAGAGGCAGCUGAUGGUGGCGGCCCGCGACGGGACGUCCUGCAAGUACAGCAGCUACCGCGGCGUCUGCGUGGACGGUAAGUGUGAGCCAAUCGGAUGCGAUGGCGUCCUCUUCUCGCCCAACACGCUGGACAAGUGCGGGGUCUGCCAGGGCGACGGCAGCAGCUGCAGCAGAGUCACCGGAAACUUCCGCCGGGGUUCCAGCACCCUGGGUUACUCGUUCAUCACGCAAAUCCCAGAAGGAUCAUGGGACAUCCAGAUCAUCGAGAGGAAGAAGUCAGCCGACGUUUUAGCUGUCACGGACCAGGCCGGGAACUUCUUCUUCAACGGCGCCUACAAGGUGGACAGCCCGCAGAACUUCCAUGUGGCGGGAACCGUCUUCAAGUACCGGCGCCCCAUGGACGUGUACGAGACCGGCAUCGAGUACAUCGUGGCCAAAGGGCCCAUCGACCAGGCCGUCAACAUCCUGGUCUGGAACCAGAACGGUCGCACGCCGUACAUUGCGUACGAGUACACUGUCCUGCGAGACUCCCUGCCGCCCGUCCCACCUCCGCCCAUCUACACCGGGUCCGACACCUCGGCUGGGGAGGUGUCUGUGGAAGCGGGGAGCCUGCUGGCCCCCAACAGCAGCCGCUACGAUCAGGCGCCCCCUAGCGGUCCACUGGAGGCGGGGGCGGGCUUGGUACGGCCGGGCCAGGAGACAAACGAGGUCUACGAGGAGACGGCGGCCAUCGACUGCAACCGGGACGGAGCGGCCGACUCCACAUUGUCAGAGGGAAACAGCAGCCAUACAGGAAGCACCGCCAACCCCGCCCCCGUUGCCAGGCCCUUGAAUCCCAAAGCGGACUCCCCAAACCUCAUUUGGAGGGUCCUGCUGGAAGGCCGACUCGGCCCGGAUGAUCUGCUCAUCAACAUCUCCAGCAAUCAGCUUCUGACCCAGGAAGACGGAUCCUUCUUCUCGGCCAAGGUGGACCCGGCCGGUCUGGAGCCAGACGGCCCCUUUGGGCCGAACCGCACCAUGGAGUUCACGCUGGGUCGCAAACGCAAUGACAGCGGGGACGGGUUCUACCAGAACAAGACCCUGCAGAGGAGCAACAGAACCAGGGGGAAUCCCAGGCUCUACCAGAAGAACCUGAAGCUGAGUCCGGCAGACAUGUACCGCUGGAAGUUGUCCUCCCAGGAACCGUGCAGCAUGACCUGCUCCAUCGGCGUGUCCAAGUCCUUUGUCACGUGUGUCCGCUACGACGGCGUCGAGGUGCAUGACAUGUACUGCGAUGCGCUGACCCGACCGGAACCGGUCCACGACUUCUGCAUAGGACGGGAAUGCCAGCCCAGGUGGGAGGCCAGCAGCUGGAGCGAGUGCUCGCGGACCUGCGGGGACGGGUUCCAGUUCCGGCAGGUCCGCUGCUGGAAGAUGCUGUCGCCGGGCCUGGACAGCUCCGUCUACAGCGACCUCUGUACCGUGGCUGACCUGGAGAGACCCGUGGAGAGGCGGGCCUGCAAGAGCCCCGCCUGCGGCCCACAGUGGGAGGUGGCCGAGUGGACGGAGUGCUCGGCGAAAUGUGGCCGAAGAGAUCAGGUGACCCGCGAUGUCCGCUGCUCCGAUGAAGACAGGCCGUGCGACCCGACGACCCAACCCCCGAAUGUCAAGAACUGCACGGGUCCGCCCUGCGAACGCCACUGGACCAUGUCGGAGUGGGGACCAUGCUCAGGUCCCUGCGCCCAGGGCAGGAUGGUGCGUCACGUGUACUGCAAGGCCCCGGAGGGUCGGGUGGUGCCUGAGGACCAGUGUUCCGUGGACGAGAAGCCCCUGGCCAUACACCCGUGCGGCGAGAGGGACUGCGCCCCCCACUGGCUAAGUCAGGACUGGGACAAGUGCAACACCACGUGCGGCCGCGGCGUCAAGCGGAGGAUCGUCCAGUGCGUCGGCAUCAGCGACGGCAAGUUCCAGAUCUUUGACGACGAGGCGUGCGGCGCCGGAGAGAAGCCCGAGGAUGAAAACACCUGCUUUGAGAGGCCGUGCUUCAAGUGGUACGCCACGCCCUGGUCCGAGUGCACAAAGACGUGCGGCGUGGGCGUGAGGAUGCGUGACGUCAAGUGCUACCAGGAGCGCGAGCUGGUCCGAGGCUGCGACCCGCUGACCAAGCCCGUGUCCAAACAGACGUGCAGUCUUCAGCCGUGCCCCACCGAGCCGCCGGACGAGAGCUGCCAGGACCGGCCCACCACCAACUGCGUGCUGGCGCUGAAGGUCAACCUGUGCGGUCACUGGUACUACAGCAAGGCCUGCUGCCACUCCUGCCGCGCCAUCCGACCGCCCCCGCCCUAGUCCCCGACACCCCUGCACCACUCCGACUCGUGGGGCGGUGCCGAGUCUUUCGUCGGGUCGCCCGAGUUCGAACGUCGACCUCGUCAAAGACGGCUAAAAGUAUCAGCGCCGUGGUCGGGGCGACCCCCGGACACUGACGGGCCCCCCAGCGUGUCUCCUGCUGGGGAUGACGAUGAUGAUCGUGAUGAAGAAUGAGGAAGUCCGACAUUGGAGUAUUAUUUAAUGACGACAGGAAGUGGAAUGUGCACGGAAGCGUAUUUAUUCGUCACAGCACAUUUUGCAUGUAUCGCGACCUCCCGAUGCGUCCGCAUUGGGCCAAACCACGACUGACCGAGGGGGGGCAUGACCGUUCCUGACACUUGAAAUGUAUUCAGACGCACGCGUGCACGCCCCGCGUUGGCCUUUGUGGUGUACGUCUUUAUAGAACUGAUACCUCUUUGUGCAAAAGGAUGGUCCAUAAUAAAGACAACCAAGGAGCUGGCCUGGUCUCAGCUGGUGUUUGAACCCUGCGUGUCGUUCCCAUGUUCCCAUGCACAGCCCUUUGGUUCACGUCAAGGACAAACACGCACCCACAAGGGCAGACCAGGCUUUCGGUCACAAACGUCUCCAAAUAAUACUACAUUGAUUGAUAUAUAUAUAUUUUUUUAUGUCUGUUUCACCGUCUUAGGAUAUAAUUACAAAUCUUUGAAUAUUUAUACAUAUAAAAUAUGACAUCA